AUCAGAUUUGAGGCUGUUAUUGCACUCGAGCCCCUCGUGCUCCACGCAAACUCUCCAGAAGUCUAAAUAUGCGCACGCCUGCACAUACGCGUAAUUUACUGGAAAAGUGGCGCUCUUUGAAGACGGGACACUGCGGUGACGUUGGAGUCGAAUCCAAAUGACUGACAAGGUCUUAUUGAAAUAAAACAUCGAGUGCAGAGCGCGCACACUUUUUUUUUCCUACAGUGAUGCAGGGGAGGCGUGGAUCUCGCUCACUUUUGACAUUCUCGCAGCAGUAGUAGCUUCUCCUCAAGGCAGGACUCAGAUGACACCACCCCGCCAGCGAUCGGAGGAGAAACAGGGGAAGCUCUCGCUCUCUCGCUUCUCAGCGGAUGAACUAUGCUUUGACACCAGGACGCGUUUAGGGGUUCGUCACGCGAAUCGGAGCAUCGCCAGGCUUUUUGGCGUCUUCACUAUAAUCGUGGGAAGUCCUUCAUAAGAACCCACGGAGAGCCGGUGGCGGAAUGUGAAAAACCACCCCCCAAAUUUUAGCGCAUGUUCCUCUCCAUUGUGCACAGCCUUCUCCUGCUUUCUGCGCGGUUGGAAAGCGGGGGAGAAGGAGGAGGAGGGACGGCUUUUAACGACUCGAUCUCUUGCCUAUGGACGACGGCGGUCCCCUCUCUCCAAAGGCAAAUGCUUUCAGUAUUGCCUCUCUGAUUUCGGCUGCAGAGCAAACAGGAAACGCAGCGUUUGAAAAACACGGCACCGGCCUGGACAAGCCAGACCUGCAUAACCACAGUUCCUUUAAAAUGCACUACAGCACUGUCACCCGGGAAAUGGAAGCCUUCACGACGAGUAGCCUGAGCAGCCUCAACGCCGGGGGGCUACCACCUCUCUCCGUCCCCGGGGACCCCUACAGCCAACAUGAGUCCCAUUUCGAGCCCUGCCCGGCCGCCCAACACAACUACAACUAUCCGGGAUCCAACCCGGGCCAGGCCCCGUCGAACGACAACGGGACCGCCAACUGCUCCUCGUCGUCCUCAAACUCUACGCCGAACAGCAAAACUAUAGUGAAGAAGAACCCGAAAGUUGCCAACAUUAACGUUCAGCUGGAGAUGAAAGCUUUAUGGGAUGAAUUUAACCAGCUAGGCACGGAGAUGAUCGUCACCAAGGCCGGCAGGAGAAUGUUUCCAACUUUCCAAGUGAAAAUAUUUGGGAUGGAUCCCAUGGCAGACUACAUGCUCCUGAUGGACUUCCUGCCUGUAGAUGACAAACGUUACAGGUAUGCUUUCCACAGCUCGUCGUGGCUGGUGGCGGGCAAAGCUGAUCCCGCCACACCGGGCAGGGUCCAUUACCACCCAGACUCUCCGGCCAAAGGCGCACAGUGGAUGAAGCAGAUCGUCUCAUUUGAUAAACUAAAGUUAACUAACAACCUUCUGGAUGACAACGGACAUAUCAUUCUGAACUCCAUGCACCGCUACCAGCCCAGGUUUCAUGUGGUUUAUGUGGAUCCCCGGAAGGACAGCGAGAAAUACGCAGAGGAGAAUUACAAAACCUUUGUUUUUGAGGAAACCCGCUUCACAGCGGUCACAGCGUACCAGAACCACAGGAUCACACAGCUGAAGAUAGCCAGUAACCCCUUUGCAAAGGGCUUCAGGGACUGUGACCCAGAGGACUGGCCCAGGAAUCACAGACCAGGCUCUCUGCCAAUAAUGAGUGCCUUUGCCAGAACAAGAAACCCAAUGUCAUCUCCCCCUCAGCAGAACGGCACAGAGAAAGAAGACAGUAGGCGGGAAUAUGAGCGAGACCCCAGCGGCACGCCUAUACACGCAGACCCGGCUCACCAGCUGAUGUCCCGGGUCCUCAGCCCCGCCCUGCCCGUCCCAGGAGGCCUGCACGCCGUCCCGAUCACAAGUGGCCGGCCCAGCCCUCACGACCUUCGGCCAGACCCCCACCCUCUACCCCCGGACACCCUGCACCACCACCCCUACAAGUACCCCACCACCUAUGAACACUACCUGGGAGCCAAGACCAGGCCGUCACCCUACCCUUUACCUAGUAUCAGAGGACACACAUACCAUCACCACAUGAACCCCGCCACAACUAACAUGUACUCAGCCACCAGCGGCCCCUCUAACUAUGACUACGGGCCCAGAUAAUGACUGCUGUCCACCAGGGCUAACAGCACGCAGCACUGUGGGAAUGGAAACAGACAGGAAACACAAUCCUGCCUGUUGAUGGCUUAAGCAACCUGCAGGGUGCAAUCACGGGCUGAAACUCCUUUCUGCUGGAUAAACCCUGCUGUAUUUAUUUAAAGGAAAUGCAUCUUUGCGUCAACAAUGGGCAUCUGUUCUACGCCCCUGAAGAGGUCUGCUUUGACCUUUGAACUGAAAAUGGCAAUAGGUCUACAUCAGGCCACCUCCUACCUGAGCAGUGCAGACAUUGAGCCAGCAAAGUGAGGACAGAGGAGAGACCUCAACUUAACACAGACUUUCAUCACAGACUGGAAAUGAUUUUUUUUGUGUUGGAUGCACUUUUUGAUUUGCCUUGUUUUUAUUGCUUUCAAAAAAGCCAUAUGUUAUAUAGUCCAUCAGCCUUUCUAGGUAGACGAGACGUUUGCAUGUCAUCAGAGAGAGAGGGUGUGUCGAAACACACUGAAAUGUUUUUGUUUGAGGAAAAAAAAAGAAGAAAAAAACGUCAAGAUUUGAUUUUGAAACACUCUUGAGCCGCUCUGAGAAGCUUGUACCAUGGCACUGACUUGCAGCAAUUCAAAGUAAAUAAAUGAAGCAGAAUGACUGUUCUGUAUCUAUAAAAUAAACAUUAAAUUCUUGUAAUUCAUAAAA